AUGUUCUGCCAAUCGCUUGAGGACAGAGUGGGAAAAGGAGCAAGCAGAGUUAGAGGCAGGACAAAAGAAGUUCUAUAGACGGCCAUAUACAUAUAUUUUAAUGGUUUCAGAAGGCCUGUAGUUUGGGAAAACAAUAGCAGUGAGGGUGGACAUGACAGCGUAGUGAUGGAGCCCCCUUUAAGCAAGAGGAAUUCGGCGAUAAGAUUAGCGGAUUUGGCAUCGACUCAAGCCCUUCCUCAUCAGAAUAUGACAGGCUUCCCGGGGAUAGGGGGGCAUCACCCGCACUCCCACCAUGCCCACCUCCACCCUGGGGAGAUGGGCAACGACCCCGGAGUGGCUCUCACUCCAUUUGGACCCGAGCACAUGGCACAGACCAAUGCUCUCAAACUUAGUCCCUCUCAGCCUGUUCAAAGCCAUCUCGAAGCCCAGACCGCGGCAUCUUUCACGUCUUCUCAGACCACAGUUGGUUUCCCCGUGGCUCACCCCCACACAGGCUACGCCACCAGCAGGGACUUCAUCCUCAGGAGAGAGCUCUCAGCCUCUGCUAUGCAUGCACUUGGCGACCAGCAUAGUUCCGCCUCCUCCCCUCAUCACCAUGGCAUGUUCAUUUCCCCAACAGGUGCUUAUGGGCACGCGGAAGGUGGUGCCCAUCCACUUUUCUCUGGACUGCACGAGCAAGCGGCCCCAGGUGCCCACCACCACCACCACCACCAUGCCCUUAACGGGCAGAUGCGUCUGGGUCUACCGGGGGACAUCUACGGCAGGCCAGAGCACUUCGGCCACAGGCCCGAGCACUAUGGAUCUUCUUCUCUACACGGCUACAACUCCAUGAACUUAAAUGUGAACCUCGCCACGGCUCCUCACGGAGCCACGGGAGCGUUUUUGCGAUACAUGAGGCAACCCAUCAAGCAAGAGUUAAUCUGCAAAUGGAUUGAUCAGGAGCAGACCUCGAAGAAACCCUGCUCAAAAACUUACAGCACCAUGCACGAGCUAGUGAACCAUGUCACGGUAGAGCACGUCGGGGGACCGGAGCAGAGCUCUCACGUCUGUUUCUGGGAAGAGUGUCCGCGCGAGGGAAAGGCGUUUAAAGCAAAGUACAAACUUAUCAAUCACAUCCGCGUGCACACGGGAGAGAAACCCUUCCCGUGCCCCUUUCCCGGUUGUGGCAAAGUAUUCGCGCGCUCGGAAAACCUGAAGAUUCAUAAGAGGACUCACACAGGCGAGAAGCCCUUCAAAUGCGAGUUUGAUGGCUGUGACAGGAAAUUUGCCAACAGCAGUGACCGAAAGAAGCACUCUCACGUCCACACGAGUGAUAAGCCUUACUUCUGUAAAGUAAGGGGUUGUGACAAGUCGUACACUCACCCAAGUUCUCUGCGCAAACACAUGAAGGUUCACUGCAAGUCUCCUCCGCCCCCUUCCGCCAACACGGGCUCGUCUUACCAUCCCUCGUCUACGCCGAUGGGUGAUGCCCUUUCACCCAACCUGGAGCCCCACAGGAACCGAUCAUCGAACCUUUCACCUCAGGUGACCAACCUAAACGAGUGGUACGUGUGCCAAGGAAGUGCCGGACCAAACAAUCUACACACACCCUCCAGCGAUGUGCCAACGUCGGAAUCAGACGACGAGGACUCUUUCAGACACACAGAUCCAAGAGCAAUGCUCUGAUUUUAACAGCAAGGAAUAUAUUCAUUCGUAAUGGUUGCUAAAAACACACAACAUUUCAAGUGAUUUCAUUUGAAGGACACGGAAAAGCCUGUGGCCCCCAUGUUUGCUAUUAAAACAGAGCACUGAUGCAAUUUAUCUUAUGAUGUUAAUACAUUCAUAAAAAGUUGUUACAUGCAACAUAGAAAUGAAACGUGGAAUUUAAAUGUUACUCUUGAAAUCAUCACAUUUUGUUUAAAUUUUACGUGACCUGUCAUCAAAUAACUUCAUAUGAACUCAAGAUUUAUGAUUGGUUGUUUUUUAGCAUUAGCCUACAUCCCUAAAGUUGUUACAUGCAACAUAAAAGUAAACGUGGAAUUUAAAUGUUACUCUUGAAAUCAUCACGUUUUUUUUUUACAAUUUUACGUGAGGUGUCAUCAAAUAACUUCAUAUGAGCUCAAGAUUUAGGAUUGGUUGUUUUUUAGCAUUAGCCUAUACAUUCCUUUUGUUCAUAAAUCUUUUAUAGAUGCAUUUUACACGUGUAACGGGCAUUGAUUAAAAAAAAUGCAGUGACUUUUUUAAUUUUCAAACUUAUAUUGUCAGUGUCAAAGAAAAAAAAAAUGUAAAUGGGUUAAGUCUUUGUUAAAGUUUAUACAACAGCUGUGGUCAGGGCGGUUUUUUUGUGAUAUUUAAAUAUUUAAACUUAUAUUUUAUGCAAAAUCAGUGUAACUUUGAUUAAAGAGUACGAAUAUGUCCAUUGAGACCCUAAAUAAUGUAUCAUUGACAGGCCUAUCUCUGACUGAUUUGUAAAUAAUUAAUGGUAUUGAUGCUUGUGAAUGUUGUCUAGUGUCUCAAGUUUUGUACAUUGUAAUUUAUUUGCUGGUAUUUGUUGGUUUAAACGUACAGAUACACCAAAGAAUAAUAUAAUUUUGGUGAAAUGAAGUGAUGCUUUUUAUCGUGUUCUGUAAAAAGGUCUUACUUGAAUAGGCUGUAUAAUGUGAAGAAGUAUUCGCAUGACCUGUGUAGUAACUUUUUUUGAGGUGCAUGAUGGCGUUGAUGGAAAACGUAAGACGGCCGUGAAGAAAUGUGAUGUUUGUGUAUAGUUAUAUGGAAAACUUGAAUAAAAGCAGGACGUGUAAAUAUCGUCUUUUAAGUAAAAAGGCUUUUAUUCAUU